AAAUUCCCUGCUUUACGCAUGCGCGAGUCCAGACUUGUCCAGACUUGUCUGGUGCAUGCGCAAAAGUUUUCAGUUAGACGCUACUGUCCAGCAUAAUAGUUUGAUACGGAGUUUCCCUGGCUUUAUUCCUUUAAAGUCUGUUUUUCCUUUGUGUGGUAUUGCUGUGCGUUUAUAACUCCAAACCACAUUUUGUGCAUAUUCACACAAAUAAACAUUCAGACUUGACAUGUUCACUCUGGAGUAGCUGCAGUUCUUUCUAACCGGAGAAAUAGGCCAGCUGAGUUCCAACCACCCAACUGCGCACAGAAUAUCCCACAAAUUGGUCCUUCGAGCCGGAUCGGGACAUCAGCUGCGCUAUGGCUACAUCCAGAGAUUACUAUGAGGGAGAACAAGUACCAGAUCCUCGUCCAAGUCGUACCCGGCGGGUACCCACCUACUUGGAGGAUUAUGUGCUUGAUUAUCCACAUCUGAUGCAUGCUCAUCCAUCACCAGCAGAUGGCACUCAAGGAAUACCUAAUAUAAGCCAGGACCCUUAUAAGGGCUAUAUUACUCCUCCUCCCUUGGAGAGAGACUUUGAAGGUGGAAACCUGCACCACUUGGAGGCACGAUGGAGAGAUUUAAGCAGUGAGAUGAGAGAGCUUCAGAUUAGAAUGGACAGUGCUAGACAAGCAUCCUUCGCUUCUAGAUCUCCUGUUUAUGCACAUUAUAAGAGCAUUUCUCAGGCUGAACUCAGGAACAUGGGAUUACAACCUUCUAUGACUGUAGCAUCAUCUCCACACUAUGAGGAAACACUCUAUCAUGAGCCCCCUAUGCAGCAGCGCCCACAAUCAAGCAUGCAGCCAAGUAAUAUAGCUCGUGUAGCUUCUCUGCCAGGGCCGAAACCUCAAAGGCUGCUUUCUGAACUCCGACGGGCAGACUCAUGGCCUCCUACAGCUGCCCAGCCUGCCCAUCCUCAGAUACAGCAUCAGCCAAGCCUGAUACAGCCUGCGCCUUCUCGUGUGCAGCCCCAACGUCAGCCAGUUGCUGCACAAUCUGUUCCAGUCUCACUGCCGCCACAGUACCAGCAGACAGUGCCAGCUCCAGUUCAGCCUGUGCCAAUUCAACCAACAAUGCAUCUGCAUCACCCUUUUCAACCACCACCUCCUCCUCCUCGGCCUGGACCACAAUCACAACAUUAUCAUCCUACAAACAAUGUGACGCCUGGACUGAUGGAGAUGGUCAUUGCUUCUUCCUAUGGCAUACCAAAACCAAGGCUGGCAGUAUUUUCAUCAGGGAAGGAAAGUGAUUUCCUGAUGCUCAAGAAAGGGUUGGACAGCGUCCUUGGCCCACACAGACAUUUAACAGAGGACUAUAAGUAUCAAGUGCUUUUGGAUCACCUACAUCUGCCUGCUGCUUACCAGGUAGCUAAGAGGUAUGUCAACAGCCCAUAUCCUUACACCAGUGCCAUGCAGGCUCUUGAACAGAGAUACGGUCAACCAAGACAAUUAAUUCAGAGCGAGCUUAGAGCAAUCCUUAAUGCUCCAGCUAUUCGACCAGGUGAUGCACAGGGAUUUGAAGACUUUGCAGCAGCUGUUAACACACUUGUGGGCAUGUUGAACACAAUGGAAGGGCCAUCUAGAUAUGAGCUGCAGUGUGGUUCCCACGUUGACACUUUACUGACCAAACUUCCUGUCAGUUACAGAGACUCAUUCAUAGAAUACUGUCUCAACCAGCACAUCAUCAUGAGUGGCAGUUCUAGAACUUAUACAUUGUCAGAAUUUUCGGAGUGGCUGGAAAGGAAGUCCCAGGCCAUUCAGAUAUCUCGACGGGUAACAGGGCCAGUGCAACCAGAAGCCUUUCGGCGAGAACAGAAAUUCCUUCCUCACUCUAAAGCCAAGUCAGCCACAAUUCUCACAGGCAGUGAACAACCUCAAGCCAUCAAUUUGCCCUCUAGCUCAUCCACAGGAUCUAAAAUGGCAGCUACAGCUAAAAAGCAGGAUCGCUUUAAGCCCUUUUGUCCCUUCUGCAACAACCAUGAACAUUACCUCAAUGCUUGUCCAGCUUUUUGCAGGUUGAACCACACUCAAAGGGGAAGCUGGGUGAAGGACCACAAUAAAUGCUGGAGGUGUGGACGAGGUCACAAACCAGACAGCUGUACUCUUAAGAGAGCGUGUUCUACAUGUGGGGGACUCCACUUGCCCGUUCUACAUGAAGUUGCAGUUGCUGUGGAGAAUCAGAGCAUACUAACAGUGAGCACAACCAAUUCUCAAGUUUACUUGGAUCAAGUCAGUCACUCAGGCAGAGUCAUGCUGAAAGUAGUUCCAGUAAGACUUCGCAGCGGCAAAAGGUUUCUGGACACUCAUGCAGUGCUGGACGACGGGUCUGAAAAAACAAUCAUACUACCUGCAGCAGCCAAACAUCUGCAUUUAGAAGGACCUGAGGAAGUGCUGGCUCUUAGAACAAUAAGACACGACCUUGUUCACCUGAGAGGUACCACCGUCUCCUUUGAGGUAUCAGCUCUGUCACACCUGAAUGUAAAACACCAGAUUCAUAAAGCUUUCACAGCUGCAGAUCUUAAUCUUGCUGAGCAGUCUUGUCCAGUAGACACGCUGAAGAGAAGAUAUGGACACCUCAGGGACAUUCCUUUACAAAGCUUCACCAAAGUACAGCCUCUGCUGCUCAUAGGAUCAGAUUAUCCGCAGCUGAUUACACCAAACUGCCCAAUUCGUAUGGGUCCGCUUGGUAGCCCUAUAGCAGUACACACACAGCUUGGCUGGACAGUGCAAGGACCAACAACCUUUUUCCAGCAACCCUCAAACAUAAGCUCAUGCCUUCACACCACAUUCCUUUCACCUACACAAGAGUUACGUCAACAUGUGGAGCGACUGUGGCAGCUUGACAUACUGCCAUCAAGGAACGAAAAAGAAGUAGUCCGUUCUAAACAAGAUAAAGCUGCACUUGCCAUGUUGGAACAGAAAACGGUACAAGUAACAGUUGAUGGUGUGAAUCGCUACGCUACUCCACUGCUGCGAAAAGUGGAUGCACCCAAAUUUCAGGCUUCACCAAAUGCUGUCAUGGCUCUUUUAAGAGCCACAGAACGCCGCUUGAUUAAGGACACUAACCUGGCAAAUGUGUAUAACAAGGAGAUUCACAAACUUGAAGAGGCUGGCUAUGCAGUCCGAAUAACCAGUGCAGAAGCAGCCAAUUCCACUGAGUCAUGGUUUGUUCCUCACCACAUUGUGCACCACAAUGGCAAAGACCGUGUGGUGUUUAAUUGCUCUUUCAGCCAUCUGCAGACAAACCUAAAUGACAAUCUACUGCCUGGUCCCACCCUUGGUCCACCACUGCUGGGAGUCCUGCUUAGAUUCAGACAGCAUGCUGUUGCCAUAAGUGGAGACAUACGAGCCAUGUUUCACCAGAUCAGACUGCUACCUGAAGAUCAGCCACUGCUCCGCUUUCUUUGGAGGGACAUGGAAAGAGAGCGCACCCCUGACAUCUAUGAAUGGAGAGUAUUACCAUUUGGGACCACAUGUAGUCCAUGCUGUGCCACAUAUGCUCUCCAGAGGCAUGUCAGAGACAACACUGAGGGCAAUGAAGAGGUAGUUGAGUCUAUCCAGCAGUCUUUCUAUGUGGACAACUGCUUACAGUCACUUCAGUGUCAGCAUCAGGCUAAGAAACUCAUUGACAAAAUGAGAACAUUGUUGAAUACUGGUGGGUUUGACAUAAGGCAGUGGGCUAGCAAUGUUCCUGAUGUGAUUGCUCACCUACCCUUCGAAGCAAAAUCAGAGGGCUGUGAACUGUGGUUGUCAGCUAAUAAAACUGAUCCACAAGAGUCAGCACUUGGAUUGAUGUGGCACUGUUCACAAGACACUUUCAGUUACAAACACAGACCUGUCUCUACAAAUGGUGAAACCUCAAUGACAACUGUUUAUCGCAUCCUGGCAAGCCAGUAUGAUCCACUCGGAUACAUCAUACCCUUUACUACAAGGGCCAAAAUUCUGAAUGGCAUGCAUGGGAAGAAGAGCUUCCAAACCUACAAAAAAUAA